AUGAAUGCAAUUAAUCGACUUGAUGUACUUUUAUCGGAUAUUGUUAAAAAUGAACCAUCAACGUCGACUAAUGGAAUUAAUCAAGAAACUUCAAUACAACCAUUAUCCAAAUUGACAUUUCCACAAUGCGAUCCAUAUCCUUCAUCAGUAUUGCCUUCAGGCAUGGUAACAACAGUACCAUUGCCACCACGUCGUAAUUCUUCAUCAUUGAAACAUCAUCAUCAUCAUCAUCGUCGUCGCCAACAUCAUCAUAUUGAUCAAGCUGACAAAGAACAACAACAUCAACCACUUCUAAAUUCGUCAACGUUAGAUGAUUUAUUUCGUGCAUUAACACUUGAAUGUGAACAAUAUUUAGCUGCUACAUCUUCACAACAGAAUAAAAAAUCUACUCAAAUGACUGUUCAGCCUUCAUCAAAAAUACAAGUAUCUGUUGAGUCUAACGAUGAUGAUUACGAAAAUUUGCAUUCAUCAAAAUCUUCACAACUAACAACAAAUAAUGUUUCACCGCUCAAAACAAGUAUUGCAGUUAUGAGUCCAAUAAAACGACACGUUGUUUCAAUAACCAUCACAUCAAAGGUAUCUUCGCCACAAUUAAUAUCUCCUGUCAAACCUCUUUGUACUACAACAACAUUAGUUUCAGUAGCACCAACACCACUGUUGCCGCCACCAUCACCACCACCGCCACCACCGUUGACAUCACCUCCAACAAACUGUCAAUCAAGUGACGAUGAUGCUAUUAAUAUAUCAUCAUCAAGUACAAAUCGUAAACGUCGUCGUCGUGCUCGUAAACAAGUUCUAUCAGCAACGACGAUUCGAUCGAGUUCAUCUUCGAACGAACGAAAAGAAAUGAUUACGGAUAAAAAACCAAUAGUUUCAAAACGUUCAUGUAGUACUGAUCCUCGUUAUCAAGGUAACAGAAAUUCUCAUGAUAUUGACUUUAUUUCAUCAUUAUCAUCAUCUCAAAAACAACGAACAAGACGUCCACAUCGACGUGAUAUUUCAUUGCAGCAUUCUGUUCCAAAUUCAGAACGCUAUCGUGAAAAUCAUUUGUCACCUCUAUCGGUUUUAUUAACAUCAACCAAAUUAACAAGCGAUUUUCUCAAUAAUUCUCAUCAACCACAACAAAGACGUUCACGUCUUGAGUCAGUUAAUCAAAAAUCAUCGACAUUAAUAGAUCGUUUGCAUCAACAAUUCUAUCGACCAACACCGAUUCUAAAUAAUAAUAAUAACAAAAACAAUAGCAUUCCUGCUCAUCGAAUGCCAUCAUAUCCAGUUUAUUGA